AAAAUAAUCCAUUCAUGUUAAAUUCGAUCACCGACCAAACCUUUAUGAGAAUGGUUUAUCGGAAACUAAUUUCGCUAGCCAAAUCGCAUUAUAAUAGGUAUUGUUAAAUCCAGUUUACGAAAACAAAAUUAAACAUCCAUUCUAAAUUAGAUGUUCUAUUAUUUCAAAUCAGUAUGUCUAUCGAAAAGGACUGGGACGGCCAUGUUGCUUGUCAUAACAUUUGUCGCGAUCCUCAAUUGUUUUUACGCCACGGAAAUUAGUGAUUGCCAUAAUAAGAGGUACAAAUAUGUGCAGACAAGGUACGGGACUGUUAGGGGGCAUACUGUGAACAAUGACUAUAUCGCCUUUCUUGGGAUACCGUAUGCAGAGCCACCGAUCGGGAACAAUCGGUUUAAGGCACCAAAACCUCCCCAGCCCUGGACUAUCGUCUACGAUGCUAACCGCACCACAAAAUGCCCCCAAAAGGGCGAAGGCGAAGAAGACUGCCUCGUGCUUAACAUCUUCACCCCCAUGAUAAGUCCUGAAACCCCUAUACCUGUAUUAUUCUACAUCCAUGGAGGAUCCUUCAUCAUGGGAGCAGGACCAACAGCGGGCGUUGAAUAUCUGAUAAAACAGAACAUCAUAGUUGUAACCAUCAACUACAGACUUGGAGCGUUAGGAUUCCUAUGUUUAGGCAUAAAGGACGCUCCAGGCAACGCAGGGUUGAAAGACCAAGUCGCUGCUCUGAAGUUCGUCAGAAAUAAUAUAGCCCAAUUUGGGGGUGAUCCCAAACAAGUGACGGUAUACGGCAUGAGCGCGGGGGGAGCGUCAGUCGAAUACCUAAUGCUGUCCAGCAUGAGUAGGAGAUUGUUCCAUCAAGCGAUUAUAGAGUCUGGAUCAGCCACUGCACCUUGGGCUUUAGACCGGAAUCCGUCUAACACAGCAAUGAAAAUCUCAAGGCUUAUGAACGUCCCAAAAACAGACUUCGCGAAGAUAUUAGCUGAACACUACAAGGGAAUGCCUGUUGAGCUAUUAACUGAGAUGACGUUUGAGUACUACAAUAACUUGACGGAUGGCACGUUUGGUUUUGCUCCGUGUGUCGAAAAAUACACAGGCGAGGAACAUUUUCUAACGAGAGCUCCUAGCGACAUUCUGAAAAGAGGCAAAUUCCGAAAAAUACCAACAAUGUUUCUGUUCUCAACACUUGAAGGACUGUAUCUUAGGAGCACGGAAUAUUACGAACUGAACUACAGAGAAAGGAUGGAGUCUAAUUUCCUGGAGUUCUUGCCAGCGGAUCUUAUCACACAAAAAGAUGAAGUUAGACAUGAGAUAGCGGAGAGUAUAAAACGUUUCUAUUUUGGCAACAGAUCUGACGAUAUUGUGGUUCAACAUUUAAAUUAUUUCGGGGACAGUCUUAUUUUGCAUAGUCUCAUGACCUCCGUGGAGGCCCAUUCUAAGUGCAAUCCAGUUUACCUGAUGGAGUUUGCGUAUAAAGGCAAAAUUGGUGGAUACGAUUAUUUUUACGAGAAUUCGAAUGUGGCUGGGCAUGGCGAUGUAGUAAAAUACGCCAUUUUGAAUAAGAACCCUAAGGAAGAAGCCGACAAAAUAACGGUUCGUAGAGUAUCCAGUUUAAUAGGGAAUUAUGUUAAAUACGGCAAUCCAACACCAUCCGUGACCCCAUUACUACCCAUCCGAUGGCCAACAGUCUCCCGGGAAAAUGUCACCUGCCUCUACCUGGACCGGGAGUUCCAAGUCUUCAGCCACCCUUACUGGGACAGGAAAACCUUUUGGGACGACAUAUACAACACGUCGAAAAGAAAGAAAAAACACUGAAGAGUGCGUUUUAGUGAUUACAUUUACGCCCGUAUUCACAAACAUCACUAUGAGAUCUCACAGUGCGCAAGGACGCACAGGGUCCCAAAAACCUAUUCAUAGACAAUACUUGAGUGG